AUGUUCCUUCUUUAUUUUUUCUUUUCUUUCCUUCCUUCUUUCUUUGCAACCACUCUUCUUCCUUACUUCCUUCCUAUUUUUUCUUUUUUCUUUUAUUUUUUCUUUCUUUUCUGUUUUUUAGCAAUAUUUUUCUUUCCUUCUUGCUUUUCGCAACCACUCUCUUUCUUUCUUUCUUUCUUUCUUUUUUGCCUAUUUUUCGUAAUAGUUUUUCCUUCCUUCUUUGUUUGCAACCACUCUUCUUCCUUCCUUCCUUCCUUCCUUUCUUUCAUUUUUCAUUCUUUCUUUCUUUCUUUUCUGUUUUUUAGCAAUAUUUUACUUCCUUCUUGCUUUUUGCAACCUCUUUCUUUCUUUUCUGUCUUUUUUCGUAAUAGUUUUUCCUUCUUUGUUUCUUUGCAACCCCUCUUCUUUCUUUCUUUCUUUCUUUCUUUCUUUCUUUCUUUCUUUCUUUCUUUCUUUGCAACCCGUCUUCUAUCUUUUUUUCACAAUAAUCAUUCUUUUCUUCAUUUUUUUCUUUUGAAUUUUUUACAAUUAUUUCUUUACUAUUUUUUUCAAAACAGUUCGGUUUCCAAAUCCGACUCACUGCAACAGGGAUGUACACUUUCUUCCUCUCUUUGGUUUUCUUCUUUCUUUCCUUCUUCUUCUUUACACAAUUCAGCUUAUAACAGAGGUAUACACUUUCUUCUCUGGUUUUCCUUUUUCUUUCUUUACACAAUUCAAUUUGUAACAGAGGUAUAUACUUUCUUCUCUGGAUAUCCGUUUUCUUUUCUUUACACAAUUCAACUUGUAACAGAGAUUAUUUUAUUGUUUCCUUUUGUCUCUUCUUGGUCACUUGAAGGAUUUUUUCUUAGCCCCCCCCUCCUUUUCAAAUGUCGCUUUCGUUCUAUUUCUUUUUUCUUUCCUUUGAUCGGGAUAACACCGCCCGCCAAAAAAGACAUUCCAUGUUUUGUUUACUUUUUAUACCACGAAUCCAACCUUUCGCUUUAUGUCCUCUUUGUUUCUCUGUUGUGUUUUUCUUGUGGCAAUCACAGUAAAAUUCUUCAUACUAACUAUCUAACUAUCUAUCUAUCUAUCUAUCUAUCUAUCUAUCUAUCUAUCUAUCUAUCUCCAAGAAUAGAUGGAAAUAACAAUGGUGCUAUUCUAUUUCUUUCUUUCUUUCUUUCUUUCUUUCUUUCUUUCUUUCUUUCUUUCUCUAUUCACUAUCUAUCAAUCUAUCUAUCUAUCUAG